UCUCCAGCCCUGACGACAUUUCCCCCUCCUGACCGCAGCACCUCACUGGAGCUCUGUUGAGGCAACAACCAAGUAAGUUGGUGGUCCGAUGGUGGCUUCUAACAGUAUAUGCAUGAACAUAACACAAGUCCUGAAUUGCUCCAAGUUUGCAUGUCAUUCAGUUAAUAUAAAUUGCAGAAGAAGAUUUUGCACUUCACAGCGUAUAAUGACAUCACGGCACACUAACUCCAAAAGAAUUGAAGGACUGGACAAAAAUGUCUGGGUUGCUUUUACUUCAGUGGCAGCAGACCCAUCAAUUGUUAACCUUGGCCAAGGCUAUCCAGACAUCCCUCCACCUUCUUAUGUCACGGAGGCUCUAGCGAAGGCUGCAUCAGUAGACAGGAUGAACCAGUACACCAGAGGCUUUGGUCAUCCAUCUCUGGUAAAGGCCCUUUCUCAGGUUUAUGGGAAGGUCUAUGGACGUCACAUUGACCCUUUCAAAGAAAUCUUGGUCACAGUUGGGGGUUAUGGUUCCUUAUUCAGCACCAUGCAGGCACUCGUGGAAGAUGGAGACGAGGUCAUCAUAAUAGAACCUUUCUUCGAUUGCUAUGUGCCUAUGGUACGAAUGGCGGGGGCCAAGCCUGUGUUGAUACCGUUACGCCUUAAGCCUAGAAAGAAGACCAUCACAAGUGCCGACUGGUAUCUUGACCCAGAUGAGCUCUCCAGUAAAUUCAACUCUAAGACAAAGGCUAUCAUCAUCAACACUCCCAACAAUCCUAUUGGGAAGGUUUUCACUCAAGAUGAGCUGCAGAUGAUUGCUAACCUCUGUAUUAAACAUGACACUCUGUGCUUCAGUGAUGAGGUUUAUGAGUGGCUCGUCUACAAAGGCCACCAACAUAUCAAAAUUGCCACUCUGCCUGGAAUGUGGGAUAGAACAAUUACUAUCAGCAGUGCAGGGAAAACAUUUAGUGUUACUGGCUGGAAGCUUGGUUGGUCUAUAGGACCUGAGCACUUGGUAAAGCAUCUUCAGACCGUCAUGCAGAACACUCUGUAUACGUGUCCGACACCUUUACAGGAGGCUGUGGCACAAGGUUUGCUCCUGAACUACGAGUUGAUGGGUCAGCCUGAGUGCUACUUCUCCUCACUGGCAGAAGAACUUGAAGGCAAGAGAGAUCGCAUGGCUGCCAUCCUGCAGGAGGCUGGUAUGACUCCCGUCAUCCCAGAGGGAGGCUACUUCAUGCUGGUGGAUGUCUCAUCUCUCAAUCAGGACCUGUCACAUAUGGUUGAUGAUGAAGCCUAUGACUACAAGUUUGUGAAAUGGAUGAUUAAAGAAAAGAAACUGGCAGCCAUUCCAGUCACAGCAUUCGUUGGAGAUGAGUCCAGGAAGCCGUUUGAGAAAUACAUUCGUCUUUGCUUUAUUAAGCAAGAUAGUACUCUUGAUGCAGCAGGGAACAUCUUGAAAAACUGGAAUAAGACUUAAAGGGAUACAGUGACUGAAGACUUUGACAUGACUUCAGGGAGGAGCACCAACCCUGUGGUCAAACUGAAGGGGUGGGAUUUGACUGCAACAUUGUGCACAAACUGGAAAUGAGUGAAAUGCUUAUAGUAGUAGGAGUAGUAGUAUGUGUAUCACACACUUUGGAGUGUAUCCUGUUUUUAAGAGAAAGGAUUACCUAAUCAACAUGACUGAAAUGAAUUGUUGUGAUAAAUAAAGGUGUGAGGUAACGUAAUGUUAUGACUCUAACUACUGUACCCUGAAGGAGAGGAGCUAGGUACAACACAUGAAGUAUGGGACCUAUAUACAUGCCCCGCAGAACAGCCACUGAACCGGGAUCAAACCUCUAGCAUAUUAGUGCAUCAGAGACCCAGCAGAAAGGACAGCAUGAGCAACUGAAGCAGCUGUCGCAUCUAAGCGGUAGAACUGAACAAAAGUGCGCGGUGAUGAUCAACUAGCUGCAGCACAGAUAUCACUCACACAUACCCCUCUAAACAGUACCCAUGAUGCCCUCACACCUUGAGGCAAUGGCAGGCCCCCGCCGUUGUAAACCAGAGAAAUAGCCUCCACAAUCCAAUGAGAAAGCUGCUGUUUAGACAGGGCCUUGCCCUUGGCUGGACUGGCAAAACAGACAACUGCUCACUUAGACUCUGAGUGCAGUCUAUGUAGGUGUAGAGUGCACGCACAGGACACAAGGAAUGCAACCUCCUCUGUUCCUCUGAAGCAAAAGGGGGUGGACAAAAGCUCAAAAGCCAUAGAGCUAUAGGCAGCAGGGAUAACCUUAGGCAAAUACGUUGCAUUUGAGCGUAAAGUAACCUUGGAGCCAUCCGAAGUCAACUGAGCACAAGGGAUACACAGACGAGGCAUGAAGGUUGUUCACCCACUUUGCAGAGGACAAAGCGAUAAGCAGUGCCGUCCUGAGUGUCAAAUUUCAUAUCCACAAAUUCAAUAGGCUCAAACAGGGGGCCACAUAGAGCCUUAAGUACUAGCGCCAAAUCCCAAGAGGGGACGCUGGACUUAACCACAGGCCUCAGCUGGCGAACCCCCUUUAAAAACACAUGACGAGAGGGUGAGCGCCACCCCAUCAAAGCCAACAUCACAAGCAGAAAUAGCUACCAAAUAAACCUUAAUUGUGGAAAAGGAGAGACCCUUAUCUAGCAACUCCUGAAGAAAUAUCAAAAUGUCUACUAUAGAGUGUUGAAAUGGGAGUGCAUGUGAGAGAGGAGGGCCCUGCAGAGGAGAAACUGCCAGGGCCUUGCUGCCAGCCACCCGAUUAUCUCGGCAUACCACAAUUUUGCCGGCCACCGUUGAGCCACGAGAAUCAAAGACAGGCUCUGCCAGCGCACCCUCUCCAGAACAGGAAGUAUCAUUUCCACUGGAGGAAAUGCAUAGAAAAGCCCAAUCGUCUAGAUAGGCCAGAAUGUGAACGCCUGUCUCCCAGAGGGGAGCCAACAGCGCCUUGACUCACAGUGAAGGUGUGAAGGGGGCGAGUGAAGCACCAGGUAUUCAUAGGCUAUGCCCUUGAAUGCAAACCUGAGAAACUGUCCAUGGCCAAAACCCAUGGUCUGGGUGUAUCACUACAUUACAAUAAGCGCCAGUGAGAUUGAUAGUUGCAAACCAAUCCCCCGGGCUGACGGUCUCUUAGCUCUCUGAGUGCAUUUUGAUCUUGUACGUUCUUGGUUUAAAGCACACAAACUGGGGGCUACAACCUGAGGCAAUAAAAGUGCACUUGUGUGUAUGGGGGGAUUGAGCUUGACACUAUGUUAGGGGAAUGAAUUGCCAUUUGGGACUGGGUCCCUGAUCAGAACUUGGCACCCUACUCUUCAGUGGCAUCAGACAAGGGAGAGCACUGUCUACGUGCUUCUGGAGCGGUUCCAUGGGCGUGGAGCUGAAAUCGAAAUACUGUCCAUAGCUGGGCACUGACACGGGUGGACAGCGGUUUGUUCCAAGUAGAUGUCAACUCUGUGACAAAAUCUGGGAACAUGGGAAGGCAAUUUUUUACCGUCUUUGGCUCAGGGGGAAGGAAGAAGCCCACAAACCACGAUGGUUUUUGAGCCGGUGGAGGAGAAGGCCACUCCACCUCCAGCUUUUCAGCAGCAUGGCAGUACAGCGAAAAAAGAAUGUGUCAUCCAGGUCAUUCAACACAGCAGUGGUGGCGCACUGGCCCAACAACAAAGUCUCCUGAUUAUCCUCUGACAAACUAUGAAUGUCCAGGCCCAUGUCCAGCAUGUCAUCAUCAUCAUGGUGAGUGGCUAGCUCAGGCUCCAUGUGGUCAGCCCAGUUACCAUUGGGGACUUUGACCAAAAAAUCUUUGCUGUUGGACUCGGACGAAGCCGGGUCCCUUGACACAGAGAGGAGGGGAUCAUGUUGGGCAGCAGCCGACUUUCCAAGCACCUUCUUAACAAACCUGCGUUUCCAGUGUUGAGCGCCAGAACUGACAACAACUGUUACACGCCACGGGCUUGGUCAACGCUCUCCUAGUGUGGACAAUGCCCAGACAGAUGGGACAUGCUUUGUGCUGGUCUUUGCUGUGCAGAGAGAAGCCACACCCCUGAGGACAAGGGUGAACAGAAGACCUCUUUGCCUUAGGUUUGGUGCUCAUGCCAAAACUCAAACCGUGUGUGAACCAGAAAAACUUGAAAUUAGCACUCCAUGGGCAGCCACACUCACCAGUAGGCCAGCUGUGGUCAGGGUCAGUUAACUUUGACUAACUAACUUUGAGCUAGCAGUACCCUGGAGAAACAGAGCCAACUACCAGCAGCUAGCUAGCCCGACACGUAGGAGGUGUUCUCAGUGAGGUGAAGAACAUAAGAACUAAGAGAUGACCAUUGCUGACAGGUGUUUAUGUGCAGGUGGGGCCUCACAUACACUGUCACAGGUCAUCUACCUUGAGGGCGUUUGAGACGUCUUCAGUCAGGCCGCAUGGGGGUAUGAUAUCCCAGACUUCAUGUGUUGUACCAAGUGAAUCAACUGAAAGGGAACUAUCCAUUAUCCCUAAGUGGAUAUAAACAACCCUUUAUUCAUUCCUAUUGUCAUAUUAUAUAGUUUAAUUAACAAUAUUUUUUAAGUUGAUAUUUACAUAGAGUUUUGACAGUAGACACACUACAGACACAGGACAAUUUUUUUCUUACUGUGAUGGUCCCACACAGGGCUGAGCCUCUUUCAUGUGUAGACUAAGGAUCCUAGCUUAAACUGGAGUUAAUUUGCUUUUAAUUAUGUAUUUGUAUGUGCAUGACGGCUGCCUUGCGUAUGGUUCAUCUUUUUGGAGUGUCGGUUGUGCACAUCCUCGGAAAUUAAAGGCAGGGUUUGCAAUUAUAAUCUAAUACAAUUUUAUUAGAAUUCAGAGAAUAUCUCUUCAUUGUCUGCUAUCUGCCCCUUCUCUGUGUGUGCUGUUUCCACACAGCCCUGGCUCUAUAAUUUAGAUAUAAAUGAAGAGGAUCAGUGCGAUCUAUUCCAGACAAUCAUGGCGUUUGUGCUUAUGCUCAAGAGGCGGGAGGGUAUAAAGGGAAUGAGAAAGAUGGGAGUUCCAGUGCAUGCCACAGGUUACAGAGCAGAGAUGGGGUAAUGGCAGACUAACAACAUAAGAGGAAACGGACAAAGGAAUAUACAUUUUAAAAGAAAGGCUAUGAUCAGGCCAGGGGGUAGAUCUGUGUCAGCAUUAGUGCACCUUUCCAUCUGUGGAAGGACCUCUGGGAACUGAAAGGCUCCACAAGUUUGGGGGAGGAACUUCUGGAGGAGCACUGAAGGGAGGGGUGUGUUCUGCUGCUGUUUCAAUAUCAGCAGUCUUUCUCCAGGAUGCCUCACGUACUUAGAAGAUACACAUGAACAGAGGGGGCAGUAUGGGGGAUGUGUAGUGGUACGCAUGUCUGCAGUGACAACAGUGGUGUAAAGCUCUGAAGGCAAGAUAAUAGACCAAGUUCACAAUUAGUCGCAUCUGUACAAUGUGAUUUAAGGGCCUUACAUAGCACGUACCUGAUUAGCAAAAUCGUAACCAUCUCGAGUGGCGCCAUGUAUAUUCUUUACAUCAGUGUUUACCAACCAGUGAGCCGCGGCACAUAAGUGUGCCGUGAGAAAUCAUCAGGUGUGCCGUGGAAGAUUAUCCAAUUUAACCCGAGCGGCGUGUAGUGACAGGCAGAACAAUUACGUGCUCUUCCACUAGAGGCAGUAUCGCGCUAAAUACGAAUGUGCAUAGUCAUGCUGCGAGUGAGACAACGCUGCGACUCUGCCGCGGCUCAAAAAGGUUGGUAAACAUUGGUUUACAUUCUGCGAAUUAGAUGAGUCUGAGCCCUCUGGUGUGCCCUCUAGAGGUAUCCUCCAGUGAUGUGUGCUGUACAUAGGCAAAUAUAAGUGGUUAAAAAGCAAGUAUUUCCGGCCAGCACAAAGUGGCACCAAGCAUGACGUAAGUGGCUAGUUUCAGACCCAUGCAGCUGUCAUUUUCUCAUCCAGUGCCCACAAGUGCACCUGUGCCCCCCCCCACCGUAACUGCUCAUUUCCAUGUGAUUUGAUUGGAUGGUCAGAGAUCGUGCUGGUCAGAGCUAGCAAACCACAUCUAUAGCUACUAGCGCAAGCUAAAACAUGUUAGUAUAGAUUUAAUACCUGUUUUCUCAACCCACAAUGGCUGAAGGAGAAGGAAGAGUUCAAUGGCUCUGUUGUAGAUGUUGUCUGUACUUCUCAGCUCCAAUAAUAAGUUCUUUCCUAUCGCUAUGGAGGCUAAUGCUGAAAGUUGAGUCUGCCCAGUCGUAUUUCUCGCACAAGUUUUAAUUCACUUUAGGGCUGAGAAUGUCCGCUCCACAGAAGCAGUUUUUUUAAAAUGUCAAAUAAUAAGCAGUUUCUGUGAGUAAAAUACGUUUUUGUCAUUUUUUAUUUAACAUUGAUGCUUCUGCUGGACAUCAUGUGUGUAGCUCAGCUUUGGAUGCAGUGUAAUUGGGUCUUUAUAGCAUUGCUUCAGUAAUGGCAUUUGUUCUGGCUACAUGACAUGUCUGUGCAGAGUUCUGUUAUACUGCAUUUCUGUAUAUUGUUGAUGGUUUCUAUAGCUGUGACAUCAUAAUGACGGUAUUAAGAGGUGGGUUAAUCUAGGUAGGACAUCAGUGAAGGCCUAGGUGUGAAAUGCAUGGCCCGCCACUGAUGUAUUGUUAACAUUGUGCAGUGAAACACAAUCUCAAAUGAUUUACAUAUGACACUUAAACUUUCACUUGCUAUGCUUGCCAUACCAGUAAAAUCAAUGCCACAGUGGUAAACCUUUACCUUAGACUGUGGUCAGCUCAGUGUAGCAACAUGGUACUUAGCUUAUGGGCAGAAGUAUGUGUCAUCAGAAACUGAAUUUGAAUCAGUUAUAUUUGAAUUUGAAAUGCUCAACUUUGGUAACUGUAUCAAUAAAUGGAAUUCACAUAAUUUGAA